GAGCCUAUGACAAAAGGGGCCCAGUUCUGGGCCACCUUCCAGUCGGACACGGAGACACGGGACCCACCCCCGGUCUGCCCGUGGUAUCUCUCUCUUGUCCCUGCCUCCCUUCCUCCCUCCCUCCAACCCAGUGUGCGCACUUCACCCCCCCUCUCGGUCUCACCCUCCUGGCGACGACUGGGCGGCCGAACGGCCGUCGCCGCCGCCCCACGCCAGGUUUCAAAGUCUUCGUCAGGCCCUUCUCCGGCGACUCGAGCACCACAGGGUGACAAGGAUAGCUUUCUCGGGUCACUGAAGGAAGACAUCUUCUCGACGCGGUAGACCUUCUGACGGUUGGCUGGUUGUGCUAUAAGUGUUCAAGGGGUGGAUUAGGACCGGGAAACUCUGUACUGAAGGGAAGGUCAAAAGUGUCAAGAGAGCUUGUUCCAAGAUGGAUGAAGGUCAGGGAGUUAGGUAUUGGUGCCACAUGUGUCAGGAGGUGAUAGAUCCUAUGCCCGAGAUGAAGUGCCCAGGCUGCGAGGGCGGGUUUGUGGAGGAGAUGGACUCCGAAGACUUCGAGCCAGCUGCGAACGCGAGGUCUGAUCGCUCCGUCUCUCUCUUGGCUCCACUGCUGCUUGGUAUGAUGGGGGGUUCGUCGCGCAGAUCAAGACUCAGGAGGGAGGCCAUGGUUGAAGCUGAUGCCGACCAGGAUGACGAAGAGGAUGAUUCAGACCAUGAGCUUGAACUUUCCAGGAGGAGGCGGAGGAGGAGGCGCUCAUCAGCGCUUUUCAGUGUGCUUGAGGCUAUGCGUGACCGUGAUGAAGUAAGGGGCUCGGAUGACACCGACAGUGAUACAGAGAGAGACCUGGAGAGAGGGAGAAGGGAGAGGAUGGAGAGGCAGAGGGAGAGGUUAAGGCAGAUCGAGAGGGUGAGUGCUCGUGGCAGAGAGAGGACGGAAAGCUUAAUACUGAUCAACUCCAACAACGAGGCUAUUAUUCUGCAGGGAACAUUCGGAUCUGAUGACAACCAGGAGGACUCAAGCAACACAAGUUCUGGUGUAUCACUUGGGGAUUACUUUCUUGGUCCUGCCUUAGACACUCUCUUGCAGCGUUUGGCGGAGAGUGACCUCAGUCGUUCUGGCACACCGCCUGCCAAGAAGGAAGCAGUCGCCGCGCUACCAACCGUGAACAUCGAGGAAGCGUUGGGCUGUUCAGUCUGUCUUGAGGAUUUCGAGAUGGGAGGAGAAGCGAAGCAGAUGCCCUGUCAGCAUAAGUUCCACUCGCACUGCAUACUCCCGUGGCUGGAGCUCCACAGCUCUUGCCCAAUCUGCCGGUUUCAGUUGCCUACUGAGGAGACGAAGAACAACCCAUGCGAAUCAGCCAGCACCGCAGGGACCGUGAACGGCGGUGGAGACAACGCUGCUGCAAGCGGCAGCGAUACAGAAAGUACUAACCACAAUGAAGAUGACCAUUCCGAUAGCCCUAUCUUCUCUGCUCUGAGCACACUCUUCUCUGAUCCGUUCUCAUCCGACGAUGAUGAAAGUGUUCCACACUCUUACGAGAACUGAAGCAGCUACGCUUGCAUUGCAGAUAGCGUCGGACGCAGGCUUGCAAUAUGGUGAAGACGUUCUGCUUCUGAGGCUGGCAUCUUUAUAUUGUAGCUUCUGUACAUAUCUCUCUGAACGGUCGCCCCCCAUAAGACAAACUAUUACCUCUCCGUUUUACUGAAAACUAUGUGGCUUGUAAUCUGCUAGUGCUUGCUAUGUUCACUUGCCUCGAAUAAAUGUUAUCCUUUAGCGUGCUUAUUACCAUCUCCGGACGGCCCUAGACGUGCAUGUGGACGCAGAUUUGAUUGACAGUAUGGCCAAUGUAAGGCAUAUAUGUAUGCAGUGGCGUUGCGUCUUACUCCUA